UGCAGCAGCAGCAUAGCAGCAUGCUGCAAGGUUGCUGUGUUGACUGGUGCAGCCGCUAGGCCAGCCAGUUUUCGGUGCCCAUCUAAAUCGUUCGUUUAUAUUUGUGAAAAUUGUGUUUUCGGUGUGCGAAGGCGUUACAUCUUUGGGUUUUACUGGACAAUACAUCAAAGAUCGAGUCUCGCGCGCGGCCUGCGCGUCUGGACCUGCGGCAGGACGCGCUCACGGGCCGGGCCUCGAGGGUCGCGGAUGCGGAGGCCAGCAUGGUGUACGAAGUGACGAGGCUCCAGAGCAGCUGACCCGCCAUGAGCGGCGGGGGAAGGUCCAGCCAGCAUCCCCCCGAAGGGCUGGAGCCGGAGAGGGAGCCGGUGAAGUUCGACAUCCACUUGCGGGGCGCUCCGGAUGAAGUGGUACAGCUCGUCCAGAACAUCAAAGAUGUGGCGGAGCAGUUCCUGUACCACUGGAGGACGUUCCCCAUCGCCCUGCCCGCGCCGCUCAACGCCCCGGCGGCGGGCGGGGGGCCCCCGGACCCCUCGGAGGGGCCCAACGGGGGGGCGUCGCUGCCCCGGCGCGCCGCCAGGCCCCUUUACGUGCGCGACCUGUUCGUGGCGCCGUCCUUCGACGAGCUGGACGCCGUGGCGGUGGAUGGCAAGGGCGAGCCGCGCCGCCUGCACUGCAAGCAGCUCGAGUGCGUGCGCGAGCGCGGCUUGCACAAGGAUAAGUACGGGAAGCCGAAGAAACUGAGUGCCAAUCAGUUGGAGAAUAUUCGCCGUUGGGGGGAGUUCGAGGUGGACAGCCUGAACUUCCCCGGCCAGGUGCACCGGUGGCGGCUCAGCCAGCUGCUGCAGAAGGGCGUGGAGCGCAGCCGCGACGCGCUGCUCGACGACCUGGCGCGCGCCCUCCGCUUCCUGGUGGUCACGGCCAAGGGUCGGGUCGCCUCCCACUUCCUCAGCCUGCGGCACGCCGCGGGCGCCCUCCUGGCCGGCGUGCUCAAGCUCAUGGAUAUUGUCAUCGGUAUUCCGUCGCUUCAAGCUCACAACCUUGAAGCUAAAAUAAGAGAAGAGAGGUGGCAGUACUUGGUAGCAGAGUUGGUGUGUCGGCCGGAGUUCGAGGAGUCCCUGGAGCUGCUGUGCGGGUUCGUGCGUCGCCAGCUGCGGCGCGCCACGACAGAGAAGUUCGAGGUGGAGCGCGAGGCGUCGCACCCGCCCGUGCCCGUCCCCUACCUGUUCCUGACGCCCAAGGGCGCGGAGCUGGACCUGCGGCUGUUCAACCGCGACGUCAUGCGCCGGGCCGUGCCGCCCCUCGUGUCCAUCCUGGAGCGGGAGACGCGCGGCUGGUUCCUGCACUUCCGCGAGCGCCUCAUCUCCGAGCUGCGCGCCCAGAAGAUGCCCGACGAGGAGAUAGAGCAGGAGGUGAACCAGGCGGUGAUGAAGGAGUACCUGCAGAGGGUGUACAGCAGCAUACUGUCGCACCCCGACCUGCUGGCCCUGGGGGAGGGAGUCCCGCAGCUGCUGGUGCAGCAGGCGCAGUCGGUGGUGCUGAUGCACAGAGCUGUAGAGAAUCUUCAGAAGAAGCUAGCGAAGACCAAAGAAACACUUCAGCAGCGCAUCGAGUACAUGUAUCCUGUGUUGUCACGGAUCCGGCCGUGGAUGAGGGACAAAAUGAGGAACGCAGAGAGCCGCUUCAUCGAGGAGUGCCAGUGGAGCGCCCACGAGGAGGCACUGCUGCUGUGUGCCAGCCAGCACCUCGGCCAGACCGUGUACUUCCUCAACCGGGACCUCACCUUCAUGCGAGAGAGGGAGCCGGUGCUGCUGAAGGAGCUCCGCAAGGUGAAGACGCCGACCAGGAGCUUCCACUGGUCCACCCGCGUCUGGCUCCCCGGCAACUGGGUGGUGCGACGCAGCUUCCAGGGCGUGUCGGAGGUGAUCCCCACCGUGCACAGCGCCACCGCCACCUCCAUCACCACGCCGCGCUCCGACCCCAGCCAGCCAGUGUUUUUAGUGGAGAAAGAAGUGGUUCGUACGACGACCACCAGGUGGCCUAUGUGGAGGUGGAUCAACUACUGCCAUCGCACGUGGAGCUGGACUUGGAAUGCAAUGUUCUUUUUUGGGGUGGUUAUCCCGUGGUGCAGCCCGGCCAGCCUGCGCGCCCUGGUCUGCGUGGAGCCCUUCAUGCCGGACCUGGAGCUGUCCCAGGUGAACGGCACGCUGUUCCCCCGCAAGUCCUCGCUCACCCCCACGCUCUGCUCCCGGCUGCUGUCCCUGUGGAGGCACAUCUCCAAGUCCAGGACGCACUUCGAGACCAAGCCUGACACCGGGUUCAUCGGCAAGGGGUUCACGCGGCACGUGAACCGCGCGUGGAACUACUUGGUCAAGGGAGUCCUGGGAACUCUUGGCAUCGUGAUCGUGUUCCCGGUCGUGUGCGUUGUGGCUAGCAUCUGCAGCCUGCUUGUCGCCCUCACUGCCUUCUUGUGGAUGCCGGUGGUGACGCUCUGCCUGCACCUCUUCAUGCUGCUGAUCUGCGACCUGGACAGCCCGGACCCGUGCCGCAACAGGUACCUGAUCGUGCUGGAGGCCGUCGUGUGGAACGUGGGCGUGCAGGGCUGCCUGCAGCCGGUGUGCGCCGUGCUCGUGGCGUGCCUGGUGUGCCCCCUCGUCUCCGUCACCAUACUCACCGUGGGGGUGCUGCGGUACUGGCUGCGACUGGUCUGGGACGCGGCGGUGUUCCACCUGGUGAUCAAGAAGCGGGGCAGGAUCCCGGCCAGCGACAGCUGCAUGGUGAGGCGGAUCGCGGGCCCAGGGCUGGCCUCCAACUACUUCUAUCAGAUAAGGCCAGAGCAAGCAUUGGCUGCAUUUGAAGCGAAGAUGGAGUUGGAUGAACUGUCUGCAUACCAACACGAAAUGGAACAGAUGAUUUUGCAGCCACAAAAAGACUUCAGCCAGUUUGUGGAAGCGUGUUUCGGGCCCUUCUCGGCCCAGCUGUCCAAGUCGGGGCCCUACCUGUCCCUGGAGAAGGAGGCGCAGGACCUCAUCAGCGCCCUGCACGAGAAGCUGGAGCGACGCCGGCGGGACCUCCAGUCGGGGCUCGGCGUGGCGGUGCGCAGCAAGAUAAAGCUCACCACGAUCGAGCUGAAGAUGUCGAUCCAGCAGGCGGCACUCAUGCUGGAGCGCUUCUACCCAUCGCACGUCCUCCAGAGGCUGGCCCUGUCCGAGGAGGACUUCUGGGAGUCCAAGGGCCUGUCGGUGAACGACUGGGCCGGCCUGGCGGGCCUCAUGUACGCCGACAUCUUCAGCCUGGACUUCCUCACGCCCCUGGAGGAGGCCGACACCCGCUUCCGGCUGGAGCCUCACCAGCAGGUGGACCUGUCGCGCUACGUGGAACUGUUGGUCCACGGGGCGGAGCUGGGCGCGGGCGGUCCGGACCUGCUCGGGCCCGUGUACGCCCCCCGGGGCAACAUCCAGGUGCACUCCCCGUACCUGGAGGUGUCCGCGUUCAACCCUCGCUCGCGGGCCACGGCGACCGGCCGCAAGCCGGACAAGAGAGGGGAGACGGGUGGUGGCAACCCAGGCAGUCGAGCCAGACGGAGAACCAACUCGGAGCCCAGCGUGGCGACGCUGUGGCAGCCCUGGAAGCGGCAGGCGCGGCCAUACAACGCGGAGAAGCUCCUGAUCCCCCUGCCCGUGCCUCACCCCGCCCACAUCGCGGUCGCCAUCCACAACCGCGACAGCGACGACCCGAUACCCCUGGACUCGGAGCUGUGCCAGGACAUCCUGCGGGCGGUGGAGGACGCGCACGACUCCUCGCAGGAGGGCGUGUCGCGGUUCCGGGGCGGGGCGACGGGGGGCAGCCUCGACGCGGGCGCCGGCGACCGGGAGGAGGAGGGGUUCCGCUGGAGGGGCACCGACUGGGGGGCCCGGCGGCGCAACAACUCGGAACUCGUGAGGGUGGACCUCGCGUCACCCGAGGACGUCACCUUGGACACGGAUCUGACGCGCGUGAUGUUCAGUUCGUACGGGACGACCGUUUGAGCUUUUCUCAGAGCUCUGCUAAAUGACUCGGCGACCGUGUUAAAAUUAAGCUCCAAGUUUGCUUGCAUUAUUGUUAUUGACUCUGCAUUGAAUGUAACAUUUAAAAAAUUUUGAGAUGCUGCAAGUAGAGUAGCGAACCCAGUUGGUGGCUCCGUAAUUUGACCGACUGUCAGGGACCGUGUGAACCUAAUCCAUACAGGUGCGCAAUAACACAUCUUUAUCUUUCCUGACUGUAAUUGGCUACUUAAAUGCAUUAUGUUUGCACUGAGCAGAUUGGAGGAAUUAAUAGUAAGACCUAUAAUUAAAAAAAAAAAAUCAUGAAUUGUAAUCUAUUGGAGAUUAAAUUAUGUGUUGUGAUACGUAGAAGCAGACAGCCGAAACUGUGUGACUCUCCAAGUAUAUGUGCGACAUUUAAACAUGGAAAAUAUUUCUUUGUAGGUUACAAGGAAUUAAAUCAAAGAUAGUGCCAGAUUAAAAAAAAAAUGUUUACAUAAACUAUAGUUUUUGGUGAUUGUUUUGUAUUAAUACACAACAUAUUAUUGCUCUGUGAGAAUGGGCAUUAAAUCCACUUGUUACUGAGGUCAAGUGUUUUGACACGCAACAAAACUGUAGUCAAAUUAACCAUCAUACAUUCAUUAAGUUGAGGUUUACAGAAUACUUGUCACUUGUUCUGAGUACUUUGCGAACUGCUUUAUAUAGUAUCAAUGACCCUUAUUAGAACAUAAGAAAUAAUGACAUGAUAACAUUAAAAUGUAAUUAUGGUACUAUGGUACUAAUGCAAGCAAAUGUGGUGUCUACUGUCUCAUUACACAAAAUGUAAUUUUGUCUGUGCUUUUCUCAUCUAGACUGCUAGAAAAUUUUUUAUUUUGGUAGAUACACGUAAUAUGAAAUAUACUUUAAUAAGUUUAGUCCACAGCAAAUCACCAAAAGAAUUGCCACAUUUUUAUUCGUCAUAUUUAUUUUAUAUCUUUUUUUUCUAAGAGCAUUUUUUGUGAUAGAAAAUACAGAAAUAUUUGUAUAGUUACAUUUAACAUGUAACAAUUUUUUAUAUGUGUUGUUUUAUUAUAAAUUGAAUUUGUGGUUUGUUAUGUAUUGUGUGUAAAAUGUAUUAGUGAAUAAUAUAAAAAUUAUAAUUUCCCUGAAAUAGGUUUUUAAAAUAUAGGGCUUUCAUCUUUCUUAUUAAUGUUUAAUGAUGAAAUGUGAACUUUAAAUAGAUUAAAAAACUUAAAUUAUUAGCAAGUCGUAAGUACACUGCAAUGCUAAACCAAAGGAAAGUUCUAUUGCCAAAUAGCUAGGAUCCAAGAUGGAGCUAAGUGAACGUGUUUGCUUGAAUAGCAAAAGCUGCUCUGUUUUCUAAAGCUUACUUUCGGGGUAGUCUGUGGAUAUGCUAGUUUCUCAGUUGCACAUUACUCUCAGAAAACAAAGGUGAUUGAAAUUAUGUAAAGUUUUUUUCUUCUUCCAAAACUUUCCCCAUAAUAUCUUUGAGACAGUCCACAUAUAAUGAUCAUUGAAUAUUUAAACAAAUCAUCGCAGAUACAAGACAUUUUUGGCAUGAAUGGCUUUGGACGGGCACUCUAAAAUAAAAAAAUAAAAAGUUUAUUUAGGGCUGAAAUAUAUUUUCUGUUAAACUGGAUGGAUAUUGUUUUUUUUUUGUAUUUUUAUUUUAUUUCGUAAUGUGAAAUGCUGAUGUAAUUUGGUACCACAUUACUGAAUUCCCUUUAAAAUCUAGUUUCUGUAAAUCAGUCAAAAUAGGAAUUAAUACAGGGUGUCUACUAGGUCACGAAAGUCACGAAAAAGUCACGAAUGUUGUAAAAGGUCACGAAAGUCCCGAAAAAGUCACCACUGUUAAGUAUAUUUUGGUAAAAGUCACGAAAAAAAUAUUACAAGGCUAAUGUCUGUGUAUUUCUUGUGCACUGAUCUUGUAUAUACCAUAUUUUUUGUGCUUUUGGCAGCUUGCAUUUUCAGGAAAAAUCAUCGCUUAAGAGGCCACUCCAGUGUUUCAGGGGCACUACGCAACCCGCGUUAACCUCAUAAGAUUCAAUGCUAUUUUCAUUUUGCUUAUAACUUAUUAACUAAUAUAGAUUUAGAAAUGAUGCUUGCUUUAUAUGUAAGACAACGAUGCUCUUAUCAAAGCCCCUUUCUUCAAAAAUGUGCAUAAAUUAUGGUUCAAACCUAGACAAUACACUUAUGCAUAUUAGUAAAGAUUAGUAUAAAACCAUAAUUUAUGCACGUUUUUCAAGAAAGGGGCUUUGAUAAGAGCAUCGUUGUCUUACAUAUCAAGCAAGCAUCAUUUCGAAAUCUAUAUUAAUUAAUUAGUUAUAAGCAGAAUGAAAAUAGCAUUGAAUCUUAUGAGGUUAACGCGGGUUGCGUAGUGCCCCUGAAACACUGGAGUGGCCUAAGAUGUUCCCACACAAUACAUUUUCCCGUGUUUAACUAGGCCAGUCCCGCCAUUUUUGCCAUAAGACGUUUGCUUUAAAAUCCCGUUCAAAAUGUUGCUUACAGCUUCUAUUCUCCUACGUGCAACGUCAUAAUUUUCACAUAGAAUGCAGAGAAAAUUUUAAUAAUAGCGAUUUGCUCUUCUUUUUUUAACAACAAAAGUCCAUUAGAAUGCUGUGAAAACGUAAUUUAUUCAAUUCUUGUACCUUACACGCUUAAAAAAAGGAUGGUAUUCGUUCCGUGGCGGCCACGGCGUAGUCAGUUUCAGUCUUACUCUACAGAGCGCACAACGAUCGCACAUAAUCGAUUGUAGCUGUCAAGGCGUCAAUGCGCGCGACCUGCGUCCAUAUCGAUAAGUUGUUAGCCAAAUGGCGAGCGUUCAUAAUUGAACUUAUAGCGUUGAGUUCUUUUGUUUACUGCCUGCUUGUGUGUAUGAAACGGAAAUUUAUGUUUGGCUAGGAUAAAAGAAAGCCAAAAAUUUGUGCACAAAAUGUGUGAUGUAUUUUCAUGUUUCGGUUUUGUUAACGACUAUGUUUACAAAUUACAAAACACAAAAUCCCUAAAUUGCCGCCACAUUUUAUUUUCAAACUGAAAUCAUUGUCGAAGAGGUUAAAGUGCUACGGAAUGAAAUUGUAAUAUUUUCUAUGAUAUAAUGUGCUGAAAAUGUUUGCCAAUAAAUGUUAGUGUUUUAGCGCUUAAAGUGCGGCGAAAAUUGGCAUGCGGAAAAUUAAUUUUAUUCAAUUAAGUUUCAAACUAACAGUCAUUUGUAGGCUUAACUUAUGUCUUUUUUUUCAGCUUUAAGGCCUAUACAUUUUGAUAAAGAAAAGCAAACGUCCAAUUUUCCAUUUUAUUUUUUAUGUAAGGUAUAGGCUACACUUAAUUUUAUAACAUUUAAAAAUUAUACCAUUUUGACAAGUUUCGUGGUCACACUUCAGUAGAAAUUGUCAUGAAAAAGUCAAGAAAAAGUCACUAAUUUUUAUUUUUGUAACUCAGUAGACACGCUGUAAUAUUUAAAUUUGAUUGAAAUAUAUGUUACAAAUUGGGCCUGUGCAAAUAAUCAGAAUUUCAAAUAUCAAAACUAAUUAUUUAUAAUUCAUGUUAAUUUUUUUUUCCCUUAAAAUUCUUGCAAUUUGAAAUUACAGCUAUUCAAAUUUUAUUCUAAGUUUAUUGAAGCUAUUGGAUAUGACCUCAUGUAACUAUUGAUAGAGAUUGAGUUAAGAACCAUUUUUAUACAUUAAAAAUGUGUUCAUACACACUUUAAUAUGUACUGGGCAUAUUUUUAUUUGCCAUACUUUAUUUCCACAUGUACACUGUGAACUACAGAAUGACUUAAAUCCAGGACAGUAUGCUAUAUGGAAAAAUUUUUGUAAGUUAAAAAAAAACUAACAAUAAGCCAUUUUGCAAUCACUACAAAUAAAUCCUUAAAUAUUGGAACAAAACUUUUUUGUUUGUGAAAUACAUACUUAUUAGUGCCAUUUAUGAAACCUUUGUCAAGCAUUUGUUAAAAUCAAGAACAUAUUUUUAUUUUUAUGAUUCCAGCUAAAAUUAUGGUAUUCACACAAGCCUAUUAAAGUUAAUUUUAUUACUUUCUAUACUCUACAAGUCUACAGAGUUACGGUAGAAAACUUGUUUUGUGAAGUUAGUCAUAAACUGUACAGUAUGAAAUUUUAGAUACAGUUAUUUUUUAAAGCUUUGCAUUUAUACAAAAAAAAUUCUAAUAUUGCAUCUUUAAUUUUCAUUUAAAAAAAAGUAGGUUAUCUGCAGGAAGUUACCCAUAAAAAAAAUUAUAACUGGAGAAAAAAAAGUUUUUUUUUUUCUCGUAAAAAUAUAUUCUAAAAUUGUAUUCUGUAUACAAAUGUUUCCAGAAAUAAAAGUGUAUACUUUUAAA